AUGCAAUUAUCUGUGCGGCUAGACUAUCGGGCUACCAAUAAUGAAGCAGAGUACGGGCCCUUAAUAGCUGGCUUGUACGCGGCUCGGCAUGUUGGAGCAGCAAAGGUCAUUAUCCACUCGGAUUCUCAGUUGGCCACUCAGCAGCUAUUGGGGGCAUUCGAAAUAAGCAGCUCUCAACUCAAGCUAUAUGCAAAAGCUUUCGAGAAGUUGAAAGCAAACUUCCAAGAAGUUGUUAUACAGAAGAUCACCCUCUCGGACAACCAAAUCACGGAUGGAGAAGCAACCCGCGUCACACCAUUCCACCUGGUGUACAGUGGUGAGACGGUGGUUCUAGUGGAAGUUGGAGUAGAGUCCGAUUGGGUGCAACUCUACGACGAUGGAAACACCGAGCGAAAGCUCAUGGAAUUCGACCUUGUGGAUGAAGCGCGAGACAAGGCCGCCGUCCGGCUGAUAGCGUACAGACAACGCAUGAAGCAGAACUACAAUCGGAGGGUGAUCCCAAGGUUAUUUCAGGUCGUUGACCUGGUUUGGAAAAGAAUAAAACAGGUCGGCGACGUCACCAAAUUAGAGGUUCUAUAG